AUGUAUCGUACUCCUUCGCCUACGUCCGAUGAUGGGGUCCCUCCUGCCGACGAUCUACCUCGGCCGGCCAUUGCUUCGACCGUCCGCAAGACUACUAGAUUCCAAACUGGGCUCAAGGUUCAUUGGGCAAGAUUCAAGAGCCAACUCGGGACCGGAAGUGCACUGUCUGAAAGUGCAAUUGAGGCUAGUGCGGGCGAGUCAACCGAAGGCUCUUCCAACUAUCGCCGCUACAUCGAGAAGGUUGGUGGCCGAAAUACCCCGGCUGUAGGGCCCGCCGACGACGGUCCGGUCGAUGAGAUUGUGGUUGACAACCAGUUUCUGGUACCAGGAGAAAAGUCAGUUACCCAACCCUCUGAAGUAGGGGAUAAACAGUACACUCCCGACGGCCACAAUUCUCAUCAACACACUACGGAGCCACGCCUCAACUCACACGGUAUCCCCGCAAGCGACAGUUAUUUCGAAGGUACGGCAAACAGUAUAUGGGAUAAACACCCAGCUCUCGUUGCGCUGAGGUAUCGUAUACUACCAUUCCUCUGGCGCUUUUUCAAUCUAUCGUUCCACGAUCCUGAGGCCGAAUCCCAUUACCUCAAGGAGAGGUAUUAUACUAAGAAACGGCUUGCUUUCUUCGCAUCACUCUUCUUCAUCCUCAACUGGAUUCUGGCUCUCGCACUGAUCCCGCGCCCCUUGCAAACAAUCGACCAUGUAUUCUAUUAUGGAGUCGCUCCAGCAAUAACUGUGCCGGGCCCAUUGUUCAUCAUAUUUGAUGUCUAUCGGCGUGCACCCUGGUUUUAUCAACUAUGGCUCACCGCGCAGACAUAUAUAUGGGCGUUCUACAAUAUUCUUUUUAUUUAUUUGUGUGGAUUCUAUGGCCAGCCAUCUUACUGGUCAUGUGGCAAUCGAGACUUCUUGGGGCUAUUUUACUUUACAACCGGGCUUCCUGUCAUGGCACUCUUUGGGAUGCACCAACAUCGUCUCCCUGCAGCUUUGGCGGCCUCCAUCAUCGCCAUCCUAAUGGGUGUACUUGUUAUCCCCUGGCGUACAUCAUGGUCUCGCAACCUCAUCAACUUUAUCAUAUACCAACUACGCGAUCAGCUCAAGACCCAGUACAAGGCUACACAGAAGGCUCAAGUCAGCGAACGAAAAGCAGCGGAUUCUAAGCGGCGGCUAACAAGCUACAUCUUUCAUGAGGUUCGGGUACCGUUGAACACCGCGUUGUUGGCAACGCAGAAUAUGGCAGCAGCAAUGACCCUGAGUAAGGAACAUGAUGUGGAAUUCAACGCACUCGAAGCCGCAGAUGCACGAGGGCUGGAACUCAUCAGCGAAUUCGACCCCGCCAUCGAUGAGACAAUCCGCAAGGCUAAUCAGGGAGACGAGAUCAAGCGUGGAUUGGUGAACGGUGGCAUGGUUAAUCAAGAUGACUAUGAAGAAGAUGCCGUCGUCCUCGGUGAUGAGAUGCGCCUGCGCCAAAUUAUUACCAACCUCGCUAGCAACGCAGCCAAGUUUACCGAAGCUGGUGGAAAGAUUUUCAUCAGGACCAAACUUCUCAUUGCCACACCCUCCCGGCCUAACCCCUUCGCUUCGCAGAGUCAAUCAGGUGCAUCUGGGGUCUCCAGUGGCUCCGGAGGUGACUCUCCUUCUUCAUCCCGAGGGAACUCACAUGUGCGCGACGAGGAAAAAGGUCUACGCAGCCAUCACAGUCAUAGCCACAUUGGAGAAAAGGAAUCUAGGGAUAGUCAUUCGUAUCCUCGUCCUAUCGAACAGAUUGUGGUGCGAAUCGAGGUGGAGGACACGGGUGUCGGUAUACGCAAGAAAGAUCUGGUGGAUAACCGAUUGUUCAGCGCAUUCAACCAGACAGAAGUUGGUCGGCUGCAGGGAGGCAAGGGUACAGGUUUGGGAUUGGCAUUGGUUCGGCACAUCGUGAGGCUUUCUGGGGGUCGUCUUGGUGUCAAGACGAGACGUUGGAUCCAUGUUUUGGGUGGAACUAUCACUUGGCGUCGGGCGGAGACUCGCUCACGGAUCAUUGAGCGAUCUGGUUUCGUCCUAGAUGCGUCCUCGGGCGUGGGCCCUGAACCUCACGACAUCACACCAAGCACCAUUGCGAGCAAUCCAUCUGAUAUUGGUUUCGUCCCCACAUUACCAAUCGAAAGCAAUGCUGCGCUUAAAACGAUUAUUGAGCAUGGCGGUAUGGUUGAAUUAGCAUCAAGAAGACCUCGUGCUCCUGCAGGCACAGGCGAAGUUCCUAUUGUUGUCACCCGUAACAUGGAUUCUGCCGAUGCUUCUGCUCUGGCCAACGCAGCGCUAGGUCAAGCCGGAAUUCUCGCUUCCGGUGCUACGAAGGAUGCAACCACUGGUGUAACUUCAACCACAGACGCCAGUGCACCCAACACCAAUGUUGAUUCCACAUCAGAUCUAGCGACUACCCAUGCUACCCCCAUCGCCACUACGCCUAAAACGGUGCAUCAACGUCCGAGCUAUAUGCCUCUUCCGGAGCGUCAGCAGUUCAACUUCCCUCCGCCAGAGUUAUCCGCAAACGAUGAUAUCGAAAAAACCAAUACUCUCAAUGUGCUGAUUGUUGAUGACGAUCCGCUGACUCGGAGGCUAAUGUCGAGGAUGCUGACCAGACUUGGAUGUACUUGUGAAACGGCCGAGAAUGGGUUGAUUGCAUUGGAAAUGCUGUUGGGACCUAUGACUGGAACUCCAUCGACAGGGGAUCCGCCACCAUCGACGAACUCUGAAUUAUCUGGCAUUAAUGCUCAGGGGAUGGGUAAAUAUGCUGUAGUUUUCUUGGAUAAUCAGAUGCCGCUCUGCAGUGGGUUGGAGGUAAUGCGCCAACUACGAUCCAUUGGACGCCAAGACUUUGUCGUUGGAGUCACUGGGAACGCCCUCAAGGAGGAUCAAGAAGAAUACUACGAAGCAGGGGUUGAUAAGCAUUGA